AGGGGGUGAGGAGAAGAAUCUUUUCUGGUUGUAAGCCUUAGUUAGCCUUUUGAUCUUUCCUUCUUAUUUGGCUGGGGAAGCAAAAAUUGUUCCUUGGCGAUUGGUCAGACUAAUCCUCCAGAGCACUGUCAGCCGUUAACCAUGUGAACAGAUUAGACCGUGGUUCUGCUGGACAGGCUCCAACUGGGGAUUGUGUUGCUGUUCUCUCGCCGCUGGCCUCCUGCAGUGUUCAGGAGUUUUAAAUCGAAUGUAGCCUUCGGCGUUUGGGUCAGAGGGAGAGAGACAGAAAGAGAAGGCAGGAGGGCAAAUUACAGACAAAAAAAAACAAAUCUUCAACAUUUUGCUCACAAGCAGACUGAAGAAUGUGGAGAAAUAAGCAUAAAGGACUAAAAGAUUCUGACUCGGAGGAUGACAAGCCGCAAGAAGUGUCGAAGAGCAAGGACCCGUUGCUUCCAGAAGAGACUACAAGUUCUGUGUCUCAGCUUGCUACGAAGGUUCAAGGAGCAAGUCUGAAAGGUUGGAAAGAAGUAACCUCACUUUUCAAUAAAGAUGAUGAGCACAAACUGCUGACUGACAGUGAACCCAAAUGGACCACAGUAAAACUAAAAGAAGAAGUGAAAAUGGAGAAGAAAUCUAGUUUCUGGGACAGUUUAGGAAUUAAACAAAAUUCGGCCAGCAAGAUUCCCACAGAGGAUGAGGGUUGGGAUCCACAGGUAAAGGUGGAGAACCCUUGCAGCGGUCUGACUGAUUCCAGUGCCUGGUCUGACUGGACGAGUGAGACUUGUGGCAGUUCCAAAUACACUAGCCUGGACAGUGAAACAAACACAAGUGGCUCCAAAUGGAGCAUUAUGACAGCAGGGAAGCUGCCAGGUAUCAGGAGACGUAGCAAAGGAAAUCUGACUGACUGCUGGGAAGAGAUAGAGUGAUAUUUAGUUGUCUGUCUUAAUGUUAAUCCAAGAUUUAGUUUGCACCAUUCUUCACUUCUUGUAUUUAUAGUCAUGCUUUCUAUGGAUAUUUUCUGAGUCAACAUUUUGUUUCAAAUUCUGAGAGAUUUUGUGCACUAGUGAAGAAAUCGGUGUCUGAUCAGCACUCUAUUUUAAUUAAGUGUAAGAGUUGAUAACCUCCUUUCUGUUUGUGCCAUAAUUAUUCCAAUACAUGCAAGUACACAUUUUCCAUUCAGAAGACCUUUCAUAGUAAAUUGCUCCCUUAGUAUUCAUUAUUUGUGACUCUUUGACAUCAGCUUAACUGAGUGCCUAAAUAUAGUUAUAUAUAUUAAUAUUUUAUCUCACAUUUAUCGAAAGAAAACAAGUUCUCACGACCCUUUUUGUACCUUGUAAAGGAGGUGCUGGAACGACUACUAAUGGUACAAGUGAUAUUGCCUUUAGUUGAAGGAAGAAACCACUAUUUUUGCUCCUCCUUUCCAAGUGUAGCUGUGCUGUAUGAUGUUCUGUUAGUCUGUGUGAGGAGAUAAAAUUCCAUUCAGUCACUGAAUUCGAAUGAUCGUUGAAGCUUGGAUUUGUAUGGAGGCCAGUGUCUUGCCAGCACUGGGUGUCGUUCUGGGCCAAAUGUGCCUCGCAUUAUUAGCUUGUUUUGGCAAGCAUUCUAGAGCAACCCAGUGUCCAGUUACAACAGACACCACUGUGUGAGAUAGUUCAUGUGAGUAAUCCAAAAAUCUUCAGUUCAAUUUGUGCUGUGUUGGUAAUGUCAUUGGAUUGGUAAUCUAGAACCCCCAUGCUAAUGUUCUGGGGACAUGGGUUUGAAUUGCACUAUGGCAGAUAAUAUUUGCAUUCAAUAAAAAUCUGGAGUUAAAAGCUGCUGUAAUGAUGACUAUGUAAGUAUUGUCAAUAGAACCCAUCUGGUUUUCUAAUGUCCUUAGGGGAAGGUAAAUCCUUACCUGGUAUGACCUGCAUGUGACUCCAGAUCCACAGCAAUGUGACUGAGUCUUAACUGCCCUUUAGGUACUUAAGGACAGACACCAGCCAGUGAUGCCAACAUGCAUUUUUUAAAAAAGCCCUGAUCAGCGAUAUUAUGUGUUAUACACCUUUUUCUAUUUUUACAAACAUCAAUUUUAUAGCCUCUCACCUGAAGAAACUAGUUUCUGUUUAGAUACAGUAGUAGUAUUCUUCAUACAAUUCCAUGAUGUGAAUGUGAAGAAUGAGGGUUCUUGAUCAUGAGAAUUGUUAUAAAUCCAAAUCCCUACUCCCAAGGACAUUUGCAUGCUUCCACCAAUAGAAUAGGAAUUAAAGCUAAGUUGUUUCUUUGAUCACAAUUGGAGACAUUGGGUCUAAUUGUAUAAUACUGAAUUACGUCUCAAUAAAGAACAGCAACACAGCAGUAAUGCACAGUGUGUACUGAGGUAGUGAAUAUGGCGAAGGUGCAAAGGAGACAUUUUCUUCAAAGACAAUUUCCUAACUGAACUGUACUCCAAACAAGAUAUUUUCCAAAGCAUCUUAAAAAUAUUUUAACAGCUGUAGAUUGAAACCAGAUUUUAUAAAUCUGUGCCUCCAGAUUUACACAUGCCUUUCUAAGACUGAAAAUCUGUUUCAUAUUUUGUCUUAAAUCUUUUGUAUAAAAUCUCCAACAAUGUGUUUUGUGCGUACAAAUUGUUAAUGAAGUACAAUUAGAGAAACACUGGGCUGAACUAAUAGUUCACGUAAUAAGCUGCUGACAAAGUAGUUUUAUGAAAGGAUUCUAACACCUAUUUUAGGCGUCAUUAAGGGUCAACUGUAUUAAAUUUCUCAUGGUUCUCUCUCCUUUUUACAUUUGAAUUGCAUAAAACUAAUUAUGAAAUUAGAAUGAAAAUGUUUAGGAACGAAGUGAAAAAGUAGUUUCUCAUGAGGAGGGUGUUAAAAACUUGGAAGUUCCUUUCUCUUCUUUCAAUUCUCCCCAUCCACAUCACUCAAAAGUCUGUGCUCAUUUUGCCAAUCAACAUGUUCAGUUUGAGAUUGAUAAAUUUCUGUAGUUUAAGGUAUCACAGGCUAUAAUGUAAAUGUGAGUACGUUGGGUUUGAAGCACAGAUCAGCCAUGUUCUAAAUUAGCUACAGAGAUUGAAUUAUCUACUGCUUUUGCUGUGAGUUUCUCUGUGUCAAGUAGUGACACAGUUGCGAUGACUGCUGUUCAGGUUGGCUUAGCCUUCUCAUACUCUCUAACAAAUUUUGGGCAUGGCCUGACACUCAUGGAACCAAAUCCCAACAAGGAAGCACCCAAACAAUGGAGGAUGUUCAUGGUUGCCUUUUCUCAUGUCGAUUAUUCUGAAAUUGUGCUAUAGUUCCUAAAUUAGACUUAAGCAGGAGAUUUUUGCAUGCCAGCUAUGUGGUGCUAGUGUAACUUUAUGGUACCAUGUGCAAAAAUAUUUCUGAUAUGAUGCAAAUACCAGUGGCCGGAGUAUCUUAGUUGACUAAUGGAUUGAAAUAAAUUCCAUCCUUGAAUUAAAAAUGUAUAACCAGGCAUAUGCUACAAAAAAUGUAGUUCAUUGAGUCGUUCGCAAAAUUUCAUAAAAUGAAUGAGUAAAAACAUAGAAGUAAAGCGUUAUAGCUCUUAAUGUUUCAAUUACGCCUUUGAAAUCUGACCAUUUUAAAUAAGAUCUUUAAUCAUUGAAGUUUUGCUAUUUGUGUUAUAAUGUAGGGUGGUCAGGUUUCAAGGUUCAUUGCUCCAUUAGUUAGAAGCAUGUUAUUACGAUUAAAGCAUAAAUAACCAAGUAGUGGUUCUGGUUUAGGAAGGAAUGUAAUAAAAUCAUUUUAAAGCAAUGAGUGAUUCAUUAGGUGUUGCCUCUGAUAAGACUGCUUAAAAGCUAACCCUACCCCAGUAUCUACUUAAAAUAUUGUUGGAAGACUGAUUAUGUGCUGGAGGGGAAAAAAAAACUACUAGAGUUUUGCCAUUCUUCAGUGAUGUAUAGUUGGCACAUGAUGAUAGGAGUACAAAAUUGUUUUGUUAAAUUGCAUCUCAGGGUGAUAAUACACUUUAAUUUUUAGAAAGGUCACUUUUUUGACAUGCUAUCAGGUAGUGCAAGCUUCAAGAUGGAUCAACAUUUUAAUGUGUGAAACCUUUCUAGUUUCUUGGUUUUCUGCAAGAUCAUUGUUUCAUUUUCUAACACAAACUUUUGUUACUUUUUGUCUGCUUACAGGGCAAACAAUGCUGCCAAAGUAAUUUAAUACACAAAUGAAAUAUAUUUCUAAUUGCCAGAUCAAAAUUUCUGGUAUACAUACUAUAUACUUUAUUGUUUAUUUGUGAACUGAACAAAGGCAGACAUAAUAAAUAAAUAUAACUAUGCAAUA